AUGGUUGGAACCAAUGACAGCACACAGGGAACCUUCGUCCUGGUGGGCUUCUCUGCCCGCCCACACCUGGAGAGCGUCCUCCUUGUGGUCAUCCUGCUGGCCUAUCUCCUGACCCUGGUGGGCAACACCACCAUCAUCCUGGUGUCCCGGCUCGACCCCCACCUGCGCACCCCCAUGUACUACUUCCUCACCCACCUGUCCUUCCUGGACCUCUGCUUCACCAGCAGCUCCAUCCCUCAGCUGCUCUACAACCUGCAUGGCCCGGACAAGACCAUCAGCUUCGCGGGCUGCGCCCUCCAGCUCUUCCUGUUCCUGGCCCUGGGAGGCGUGGAGUGCCUGCUCCUGGCUGUCAUGGCCUACGACCGCCUCGUGGCCAUCUGCAGGCCCCUGCACUACAUGGUGCUCAUGGGCCCCAGGCUCCGCCUGGGCCUGGUGUCCCUGGCCUGGGGCUGUGGCAUGGCCAACUCCCUGGCCAUGUCCCCAGUGACCCUGCUCCUGCCGCGCUGUGGGCGCCGCCGUGUGGACCACUACCUGUGCGAGAUGCCAGCCCUGAUCCGCAUGGCCUGCGUCAACACGGUGCCCAUCGAAGGCACUGUGUUUGUGCUGGCCGUGGGCAUCGUGCUGUCACCGUUGGUGUUCAUCCUGGUGUCCUACGGCCACAUCGUGCGGGCCGUGAUGCGCAUGCGCUCGGCCUCAGGGAGGCAGAGGGCCUUCCACACGUGCGGCUCCCAUCUCACGGUGGUGUCGCUCUUCUAUGGAAACAUCAUCUACAUGUACAUGCAGCCGGGAAACAGCGCCUCCCAGGACCAGGACAAGUUCCUCACCCUCUUCUACAACAUCGUCACCCCGCUGCUGAACCCGCUCAUCUAUACCCUCCGGAACAAAGAGGUGAAGGGGGCACUGCGAAGGCUACUACUGGGCACCAAGGUGUAG